AUGAACAAAAUUUAUUGAUUUUAUUAUAUAUUCCUUAAUAAACAACGUGAAAAAUAGAAGUCACCCUAAUUUUUAUGGGGCAAUGAAAUAUUUGUUAGAAAAAUAUUUAAAAUGGAAAAUGAGCCAAAGCGCAUUUAAUAUAUCCAUCCAGUUCUGGGAGAGUGCGGUGCAGGCACAGAACUGAUGAGACAUGCAGCCCGAUAAGAGCCUCAAAAAAUGACAAAUCUAGCGAUAGACGAAGCCAUAUCAUCCACAAAAUUAAUUUGUCCCCCACUCCAUGCGCACCAAAGCAAUGAUAUCACCGUCAACUUUUGCCUCCAUAACUGUGCAUGGUGGUGAAUGCUGAUACCCAGUAGAUUAUAUAAACCAACUACAGCUGCUAAUCUUUUCAUAUCAUCAACUUCUUUAGGUAGCCCUUGAUGAUGGGUUACGCAGCGGUUGCGUUGGUGGGUCUGCUGAUUGUUUUAAUUGUUAGAAAGCUUUGGGAGGUUCUUAAGAUUGUGGUGUGGAGGCCAUAUGCGAUUACUAAGACCUUUCAAAAGCAGGGAAUCAGAGGCCCACCUUACAAGCUUCUCUAUGGUUGCCUUGAUGAAGUAAAGAAGAUGAAGAAGCUUGCAAAUGAAAAGGUUUUGGAUACGAAUUGCCAUGAUAUCACUAGCAGAGUUCUCCCACACUAUCACAAAUGGUUCUCCGAGUUCGGUGAUACGCUGCUAUACUGGUAUGGUACACAUCCAAGAAUCACAAUAACAAACCCAGAGCUGGCCAAACAAAUACUAUCAAACAAGUUCGGCUUUUAUGGGAGACCCAAGACAAGGCCAAUUUUACAAAAUCUCGUCGGUUAUGGAUUGAUUCUUGUAGAGGGAUUGGAUUGGGUCAGGCACAGAAGGGUUCUCAAUCCUGCUUUCUCCAUUGACAAGCUCAAGAUUAUGACAAAGAAAAUGGCAGAAUGCACCAUUUCAAUGCUUGAUGAGUGGAAAAUUCUUGCUGUAUUGACUGAAGAGCAACGUAUCAAGAUAGAGAUGAAUGCAAAUUUUCAGAAGCUUACUGCUGAUAUUAUUGCCCACACUGCCUUCGGCAGCAGUUACGUCGAGGGAAAGGAAGUCUUUAAAGCCCUAAAAGAGCUUCAAAAAUGUUGCGUUGCUUCAGAUACUGAUAUUUUCAUCCCCGGUAGCCAGUAUCUGCCUACUCCAUCGAAUCUUCAGAUGUGGAAGCUAAGCAGGAAGCUGAAGAACUCAUUGAAGGUUAUCAUAGAAAGUAGAUUAAGUGCAAAGGCUGCUACAGAUGGUCAUUAUGGGGACGAUCUACUUGGUAUAAUGAUUGAAUCUUCAGUAGCAGAAGCUGAUGGCGAUUCUAAAGUUACUCCAAAGUUGAACAUGAAGGAAAUCAUGGAAAAUUGCAAAUCAUUCUUCUUUGCUGGGCACGAGACCACAUCCAAUUUACUAACUUGGUCAGUCUUCUUGUUGAGCACACACCCAGAAUGGCACGAAAAACUUAGAGAAGAAGUGUUGACGGAAUGUGGGAUGGGAAUUCCUGAUGCAGACAUGCUAUCUAAGUUAAAAUUUGUUAACAUGUUCCUGCUCGAGGUUCUGAGAUUGUACUGUCCAGUGAUAAUGUUGAUCAGGAGGGCACCAGAAGAUAUGAAACUGGGGAAUUUGAUGAUCCCAAAAGAAACAUGUUUAACAAUUCCGUUGGUAAAGAUUCACAGGAGCAAGGAAUACUGGGGAGAGGAUGCGAAUGAGUUCAAGCCAUUGAGGUUCGCCAGUGGAGUCUCUAAGGCAGGAAAACACCCGAAUGCUUUGUUGGCGUUUUCAAUAGGUCCCAGAGUGUGCAUCGGGCAGAAUUUUGCAAUGCUGGAAGCAAAAACUGUGCUUGCAUUGAUUCUUCAAAGAUUUUCCCUAUCCCUCUCCCCCGAGUAUAAACACGCCCCAAUCGACCAUGUUACUUUGCAUCCCCAAUAUGGUCUACCCAUUAUCGUUAAAUCUCUGCUUUGAUAAGAGUGGAGUAAGUCUUCUAGCUGAAAUCCAACUAAUACCAAAUGCAUAUAAAUGCAAUAAAAGUGGGUUCUUCAUUCAA